AUGAUUGCAAGCAACAGCGAAAGAAUGAUUGAGAGUAUGCAAAAAGCAGAUAAAGAUGGAUUUCCAAGAGAAACACCCCAUUUUCCUACCUACAAACAAGGGGUCCGCAGUAUGAUUGGUGUUCGUUUGAGUACUAAAAUAUUUAUGAAUACGCGAACGUCCGUUUUUAGAACUUUAACAACCAUGGCAAAUCCUAAGUGUUAUUUUGAUGUAGUUGUUGAAAAAGGUGGCCACCAACAAUCACUCGGCAGAAUCGUGUUUGAACUUAGGAAAGAUGUCGUCCCCAAGACCGGCGAAACUGGUAAAGGCUAUAAGGGCUCCAUCUUUCAUCGUGUCAUUCCUCAAUUUAUGAUUCAAGGUGGUGACUUUACCAAGGGUGACGGAACUGGCGGUGUAUCCAUUUAUGGUAAUAAAUUCCAUGAUGAAAAUUUCACUUUGAAGCACAUCGGGCCUGGUAUUCUUUCAAUGGCUAAUGCUGGACCCAACACUAAUGGAUCUCAAUUCUUUAUUUGCACUGUAAAGACUACCUGGUUGGAUAAUAAGCAUGUCGUCUUUGGACAUGUGGUUGAAGGUAUGGAAGUUGUAUACGAAAUUGAAAAAUUAGGUUCAUCUAGCGGUACCAUUAAGGACCAAAAAAAAGUCAGGAUUGCUGAUUGUGGUGAAUGCUGA